AUGGCUCGCAAGCUUGUGGCUGCGGCAGUGGCAGCUUUCUUCCUCCUGGCCGUCAGUGGAGCUGCAGAGCUCCGUGGCGGCGGCGUCAGUGCGCCACUGCUGGUGACGAAGGAGAGCAGGAGAGCAGUGGUGUCGACCGACGCCGGAAGCAUCACAUCCGUCGACGUGAACGACGAAUCCAGAGGAAGGUACCAUCUGGAGUUCAUCACCAUGGAGCCCAGCUCGCUCUUCCUCCCUGUGCUACUCCAUGCUGAUAUGCUCUUCUACGUCCACUCCGGCAACGGCAGAGUACAUACGAGUGUUAGAGAGGAUGAAAAGGAAAGGGUAGAGCACAUGGACGUGGAGAGGGGUGACGUCUCUGUCGUGGAAAAGGGUAGCGUAUUUUAUGUACAAAGUCGUCCUUCCCUCACUGAGGAAAGCCUCCAAAUUCAUCUCCUAUUCAACCAUGUUGAUGAAGGGAACUCCGAGAAAGCAUCGAACGAAGCUUAUUCGAUCAUCGGCGAUCUCAUUCGUGGGUUCGCGGCAAAGAUCCUCCAAAAAGGAUUUGGGGUUUCUGAGGAGACCAUCGAAGCCAUCAAAAGGGUAGAAAAGCCUCCUUUGAUCAUUCCUUUUCUGCAUAACAAUGAGAUGAUGGAAACACAUACUUGGAUCAGAAGAAUUACGAGUGAUACACAUGAUGAAUUGGCAAAAAAGAACAAGAAUAAGAAAUUCAACUUCUUCAAGGCCAAACCCGAUGUCGAGAAUUGCAACGGCUGGAGCACUGUCUUGACCCACAAGGACCUCAAGGCUCUCGAGAGCUCCCACAUUGAAGCCUUCAUGGUCAACUUGAGCAAGGCAAGUUUCUUCAAGUACUCUUCUAGCAAAGUAUAUCUGAACAUUAACAAGGAGUUUCGCGAUAAAUCAGGGGGAAUGGUGCAAGUAGUUUGUCCCAACCAGGCACCAAUUGACAUGUACCAAUGCAAAGAGAUUAACUUCAGGGUGAAGGAAGGGGAUGUGGUGGCGGUGCCGGGGCAUCUACCGAUGAGCCAUAUGUCCUACAACAAUGGUAGCCUUGUAUUUGUAGGAUUCAGCGGCAUCGCCAGAAAGAAUUCACCACAGUGGCUGGUAGGGAAGAAUUCGGUGCUUCAGACUAUCGACAAAGAGAUUUUGGCACUGGCACUCAAUGUUCCAAAGUCUAUCGUUAAAGACUUGGUGAGGUCUCGAUCGGAGCCGAUGAUCCUCGACUGCACAUCGUGUGCAGAGAAGCUUGAUGAUAAAAUGGAAGAGGAAGCAUGA